UAUCUCAGUUCCGAAAUCAAAGAAAACAAGUGAUCUACGAUUCCCGCGAUCUAACCUGCCCUUUUCUACCUUUUUCUUACACUAUUUCAAAUAAAAAUUCCUCAUUUCUUACAAUUAAUUUCCAUGGAUUCCGACAAACCCACUCCUUUCUCCGGUAAUCGGCGGGAACAUCAACCCUAAUUUUUAUCUCCAAAUUCGUCUGUAUUCAUGUAAUUCAACUUCAAUUCCAGCUGUGUCACGUGCUUUAAUUAACUUAAUAAAGAACGAGAAGGUGCUGCUUGAGCUUCCUGAAACAGAUAGUAGAGACAAUGAGGGAAGCAGAUGUGGGUCAACUUGCAGAAUCAAUUUCUGGUUCUCGAUGCACCAGAUCACAUUUACAAGCAGCAGCAGUAUGGACUGUACAAGAUAUGCUUAUUCUUGUGAAUGAAAUUGCUGCUGUUGAAGGGGACUGGCAAAAUUCUCUGUCAACUCAUCAAAAAUGGACCAUUAUAUCAGAAACUUGUACUGCACUGGGAGUAGGAAGGAAUGCAAACCAGUGCCGCAGAAAGUGGCAGUCCUUGCUUGCUGAUUACAAUCUUGUCAAGGAAUGGAAAUUGAACUCUGGGAGUGAUUCUUACUGGUCUCUUGGGUGUGAUAGGAGAAAAGAAGCUGGUCUUCCUUUGGAAUUUGACAAAGACCUGUAUAAAGCUAUGGAGGAUUUCAUGAAGGCAUCAGAUAGAGCAGAUACAGACCCAGAAUGUGAUCCGGAUGCGGGAGAGGUUGAUGUUCUUGAUGCUGAGGAAUCCGGUCCAAAACCCAAAAAGCGAAGGCGUCGGUCAAUCCCUAAAAAACGGUUAUCUGAAGGGAGGAAACAGCCUGUAACAGAGGUAGAGCAUGUGAUUCCAGAGCCUCCUGUUGCUGAAGACAUGGAGCAAAUCCUGGCUGCGAAACUCAUGGAGAACACAGAGCUGAUCCAUGCCAUACUUGCAGGAAAUGUUACUGAAAAUGUUGACGAGGACUUGACCAGUGUAAGAAAUGAGGAGUCCCUGAAGACUGAAAAUGUUAGACGUAAAGCUGACAAGCUUGUUGAGUGCCUCGGAGAUCUUGCCAAAAAUCUGGAACACCUUUGUGGUGCAGUGGAGAAAGGUUAACAAGGUACCUCUGACCUCUAUAGCAGUUUAGCGCUAACUGACUAAUUUUAUAGGUAUAGACUUAAGUGACCAUGUCAAUUUUUGUUGAUGAUGGUAAAUCAAUUUUGUUGCUGAGAGUUACUAUAGUUAGUAUUCAAUGCUGUAUGGAUUUUUGUCUAUUUAUGGAAAUGCAGGGCUGCCCAAUUCAUCUCGGAGAUGGUCGGUAAUUUUUUAUUUUUAUUUAGGUACAUGUAUAGACUAUAUAGAGUACAUUGAGGAUGAAAAGUUUAAAAUAUGAGAUGUUUUGGGAAGUUUGGGAAAGAAGGGGGUAUUUCGAGGAACAACCUCUUAGAUUAGGGUUUUUGUCAAGCCAUGGAAUUUCUUAUCACAAUGAAAAGAAAGGCAUUUAUUUUUUGGCUUUGGAAAUUCAUCAGCCAUCCACAACAUGGGAAUGGCUGAUGGCUUGAUAGCUGAUAGAUUUCAACUAUCAUCAAACUUGGAUAACAACAUAGAAGUAAUAAUAUGUGUGGAUUAUCAUUUUACCAAUGGUUUGUAAGCUAUUUGAUGGUAAAACCUCACAAUUUUUACUAUUGGCAUGGUAAUAUCUCGCCUUAUGGUGCCAUGGCGGGUAAUUAGAAAGGGCAAUCUAAAAGAUUUAUGUAUCUUGUACAAACGAACAAUGUAUAACUAAUUAAGAUUUUUGUCUAUUUAUGGAAAUGCAGGGCUGCCCAAUUCAUCUCGGAGAUGGUCGGUAAUUUUUUAUUUUUAUUUAGGUACAUGUAUAGACUAUAUAGAGUACAUUGAGGAUGAAAAGUUUAAAAUAUGAGAUGUUUUGGGAAGUUUGGGAAAGAAGGGGGUAUUUCGAGGAACAGCCUCUUAGAUUAGGGUUUUUGUCAAGCCAUGGAAUUUCUUAUCACAAUGAAAAGAAAGGCAUUUAUUUUUUGGCUUUGGAAAUUCAUCAGCCAUCCACAACAUGGGAAUGGCUGAUGGCUUGAUAGCUGAUAGAUUUCAACUAUCAUCAAACUUGGAUAACAACAUAGAAGUAAUAAUAUGUGUGGAUUAUCAUUUUACCAAUGGUUUGUAAGCUAUUUGAUGGUAAAACCUCGCAAUUUUUACUAUUGGCAUGGUAAUAUCUCGCCUUAUGGUGCCAUGGCGGGUAAUUAGAAAGGGCAAUCUAAAAGAUUUAUGUAUCUUGUACAAACGAACAAUGUAUAACUAAUUAAGAUAGUAUACAAAUGAACAAUGUCAACUAUUUUAAUUGAAUUGGUUUAAAGUUUUGAGAAUGAGACUUAAUACCUGAUUUAUUUAAACUAAAAGGGAUACAUAAAUACAAUAUGUUUUGAUUAGUAAUCUGCCAAAUCAAUCAAGGAAUGAUAAAAAUUAAAAAUCAAGAAAAGAAAUUAAGCAAAAAUAUAAAUAAAG